AUGGCUUCCGUUCCAGUUGAACAGGGUUUCCGGGCUUCCCUGGAAAAGGGCGAAACUGCCCAGCUCGAGCAAGCCCUUUCAUCCCGCUCCGAGGAAUCCCUUGAUCAAGAUCCCGAGUUCUCCCCUGCCGAGCAGCGCAAGAUCAUCCACAAGGUCGAUAGACGUCUUAUCGUCACCUGUGGUUUGAUGUACUGCAUCAGUCUUAUGGACCGAACCAAUCUGUCCGCGGCCGCCAUCGCUGGAAUGACCAAGGAACUGAAGCUCAUUGACUUUCGUUACUCCACAAUUGCAUUGGUGUUUUUCGCAACUUAUGUCGUCUGCCAGCCACCAGCGACCGUCCUCUGUAGGAAGAUUGGUCCCCGCCCCUUCCUGGCUUGCAUCACAUUUGCCUGGGGUGUGGUCAUGAUCGGGUUUGGAUUUCCCAAGAACUGGACCACAAUGCUCGGUUUACGCAUGGUACUGGGAGUAUUGGAAGCUGGCUUCUUUCCCGGCACCGUCUACCUGAUCUCGACCUGGUAUUCUAGGUAUGACCUACAAAAACGCUACUCGGUGUUUUAUUUGAUCGGCUGCCUGGCGGCUGCAUGUUCGGGCAUCCUUGCAUACGGACUGAUGCAGAUGGACGGGAUUGCUGGAUACCGAGGCUGGCGAUGGAUUUUCAUUCUUGAAGGUGUCAUGACCUGCCUGGUUGGCAUCAUCGGUUAUUUCUUCUUGGUGGACUUUCCCGACCGUGCCGCUAAGACAGCCUGGCAUUUUCUCAGUGAACGAGAAUGUAACUUCAUCAUCCGACGAAUCGCAAAAGAUCGUGAUGAUGCACAGGCCGAGCCUUUUAGCUUCAAGAAGUGGGCAGCGUCCGGGCUGGACCCCAAGGUUUGGGGAUUUGCCAUGAUCUUCUUCUGCCUCACCACAAUCACCUAUGCUAUUGCGUACUUUUUGCCCAUCAUCCUACGGGAGAACAUGGGCUUUUCCGUGGGUGCGGCGCAGUGUCUGGUGGCCCCCCCAUACGCCUUUGCUGGCAUCUUGAUGUACACGACCUCCUGGUUGAGUGACAAAUAUCGGCUAAGAGGGCCCAUUCUGGCACUCAAUGCUAUCAUCUGCCUUAUUGGACUGCCGGUCAUGGGUUAUGCCAGCAACUCUGGCGUCAGAUACUUUGGGGUGUUUUUGACAACCGCAGGCGCCAAUGCUAGUAUUCCUUGCUGCAUGGCCUGGCAGGCGAACAACAUCCGUGGCCAAUGGAAGCGAGCGUUUUGUUCCGCACUGCUCGUUGGCUUUGGUGGAAUCGGUGGCAUCAGUGGCAGUCUCGUCUUCCGGUCGCAGGAUGCACCACAGUACAGACCAGGCAUCUACGCCGCGAUCGCGUGCUGUUGCCUCAUUCUCGUCAUCAUCGUCACCUUGGAAACUCACUUCUGGCUAAGCAACAGGAAGGUCGACAAGGGUCGGAAGGUCAUUGAGGGACUCCACGGAUUCCGGUACACGUACUGA